AAUUGAGAGCUUGAACUUUACUCAGCUGCCGUCUUGCCCCAUCUGAGACCAGAGCCAAGAUCUGCCCAGGAGCUGGAAUGCUUUCCUGAGCUGCUUGGGUUGGAGCCUGGGACCCGAGACCCAGGCAGCUAUUCCAGGAACUGGACACCAAGCACAACAGGUGUUCAAGAGGUCAUCAUGAUCAGCCCAGACCCCAGGCCUUCCCCGGGCUUGGCCCGCCGGGCUGAGAGCUACGAGGCCAAGUGUGAGCGCCGGCAGGAGACCCGUGAAGGCCGCCGCCGCCGCCCCAACGUGACCACUUGCCGCCAGGUGGAGAAGGCGCUGAGGACCCAGCAAAGAGAACAGCUCCAGAGAGCUCGACAACAGCAGUUCUUCAGAAGAAGGAACCUGGAGGUGGAGGAGGAAGGCAAGGCACGGAGCUCCCAGGCCAGGGAGCACGGUCCCUCCAGGAGGACAGGCCAGGCAACUGACCUCAAGGAACCUUUGUCUUGGGCCAAGAGGAUCUCUUCCUCCAGACAGCAGGUGGCAGGGACCAGGUCUGAGGUCUUUCCAACCCAGCAUCAUCCUCCCUCAGGUGUCCAGAGGGAUCUGGCUGACAACCUCCCCUCUCAGGCUGGGGGCCUUCCACCACAGGACUCUUCUGUCAAGAAGCCAGCCAAAUACCACCGUGGCACUCAGACAAAGGCAGAAGAAACACAGCCAACAAUCAAGAAUGAUGCCAGUCAACAAACCAAUUAUGGAGUUGCAGUUUUAGAUAAGGAGAUCAUCCAGCUUUCCGAGUACCUCAAAGAGGCCCUACAAAGGGAGCUGGUUCUAAAACAGAAAAUGGUGAUUCUUCAAGACCUACUGUCCACCCUGAUUCGGGCUUCUGAUAGCUCUUGGAAGGGCCAGCUUAAUGAAGACAAAUUGAAAGGCAAACUGAGAUCCUUAGAAAACCAGCUGUAUACCUGUACCCAGAAAUACUCCCCUUGGGGAAUGAAAAAGGUGCUACUGGAGAUGGAAGACCAGAAAAACAGCUAUGAGCAGAAGGCCAAGGAGUCACUGCAGAAAGUGCUGGAGGAGAAAAUGAGUGCAGAGCAGCAACUGCAGAGCACGCAGCGGUCUCUGGCUCUGGCGGAGCAGAAGUGUGAAGAGUGGAGGAGCCAAUACGAAGCUCUGAAGGAGGACUGGAAGACACUGGGGACCCAGUACAGAGAGCUGGAGAGCCAACUCCAUGUCCUUCAGUCCAAACUGCAGGGAGCAGACAGUAGAGACUUACAGAUGAACCAGGCUCUGCGACUUUUGGAGAAUGAGCACCAGGAACUGCAGGCCAAGAUUGAAUGCCUGCAGGGGGACAGAGACCUGUGCAGCUCAGACACCCAACACCUACAAGAUCAACUAAAGAGGUCAGAGGAGGAGAAACUCGCCCUGGUGACCAAAGUACAGCAGUUGCAGAGUCUGCUUCAGAAUCAAUCCUUACAGCUUCAAGAACAGGAGAAACUCUUAACAAAGAAAGUGCAGAGAACUGCAUUCGGAGUUAGACAACCUCAGUGACGAGUACCUCUCCUGCCUGCGUAAGCUGCAGCACUGUCGAGAAGAACUGAACCAGAGCCAGCAGCAGCCUCGCAGAGUAAGAGGGUUUCUCCUCCUGUACAGCCCUGGGCGAUGAUGGGGCAAUUCCUCCUUUAGCCAAAUCUUGCAGAUAAACUUUAUCAGCCCUUGCCGACAUGCGGCCAGCCUGUCCCAUUCAGCUUGGUUUAUACUAUACUGACAGUAUAGCAACAGUGGAAAGAAACACUGGCUCAUGCAUCCAAGCCUAAUUUUCAUGGAACUCUUGAGCCUGAAGGGAAAGACUUACUAUCAGUUAAAGUAGGAAAUGGUGUUCUUUUAGCCUACUAUGAGCAUGGUGGCAAGGACAGAGAGAGGAGAGCAAAAGUACUGAGGAAUAUGAACAGAGGAUAAUAUAAUUUUGCUGAGUUACUUUCCAGCCUUGAUUAUUCAAAUCAGUAUUUAGGUAUCUGGCCCCCUCCUUCCCUGGGCCAGUGAUCCUGGCUUACGGGCCCGUGACCACCGGUAAAGUGGUUUUAUCCCACGGGAGGUGACAAAGUGAGAGAGUGUGAUGUAAAAAGCUUUUUCUCCUCCACCAACCCAAGGUUUUCCAUUGGGCUAGAAUGGGAAGAAGGAAGAUUGUUUCUGCCUAUAUCUUCUCCAACCAACCAUGGCCUCUUUCUCUUUUCUCCCUCUCCGUCCUCACAGAGGCAAUGCAGCCAAUGGCUCCCCAUGCUGAUGAUGAUGAUUGCUAUAGCACUGGCAGUGUUCCUGGCCAACAAGGACAGCAUCAUGAUCUAAAUAAUUGUGACAGCUGCCAUGGGUGAAAAC